GAGGAGGCGAUGGAGGGGCUUCUUGGCGAGGAGGCCGGGCGGUUCGAGGAGAUGAAGCGUGGGUACGAGACGCGGCUGCGCGCACUGCAGAGCGAGAGCGACGCCACGCUUGCUGCGUCCACGGACGAGAUCGCUGCGCUGCGGCGCCUGGUGGCGGAGCUGCAGGAGCGCCUCGCGGCCAAGGAGACGGAGUGCGCAGACCUUGCGGACCGGCUGAGUGCGUUACAGGCGAAGUACGACGCCGACACUUGCGCCAGCCAGCGCGUGCGCAGCGAGCUGGAGGCGCAGCUUGAGGAGCUGCGCAACCGGAGCGAGGAGCGCGAUGAGCAGCUCGCGAUGGUAGAGGCGCAGCUAGAGGAGUCGGAGAGGCAGGUGAGCGAGCUGACGAAGCGCCAGGAGCAGCUGAUGCGCGAAGAAGAGACGCUAAGGGCUACCGUGGAGCGACUGACCGUGGCUAUGGAAAGCACCGAGGAGAUGCUGCAGGAGACGUCCGCCAAGCUCGCCGACACCGAGGAGACGCUGCAGCAGACGUCCGCCAAGCUCGCCGACACCGAGGAGACACUGCAGGAGACGUCCGCCAAGCUCGCCGACACCGAGGAGACGCUGCAGGAGACGUCCGCCAAGCUUGCCGACACCGAGGAGACGCUGCAGGAGACGUCCGCCAAGCUCGCCGACACCGAGGAGACGCUGCAGGAGACGUCCGCUAAGCUUGCCGACACCGAGGAGACGCUGCAGGAGACGUCCGCCAAGCUUGCCGACACCGAGGAGACGCUGCAGGAGACGUCCGCCAAGCUCGCCGACACCGAGGAGACACUGCAGGAGACGUCCGCCAAGCUCGCCGACACCGAGGAGACGCUGCAGGAGACGUCCGCCAAGCUCGCCGACACCGAGGAGACGCUGCAGGAGACGUCCGCCAAGCUCGCCGACACCGAGGAGACGCUGCAGGAGACGUCCGCCAAGCUUGCCGACACCGAGGAGACGCUGCAGGAGACGUCCGCCAAGCUUGCCGACACCGAGGAGACGCUGCAGGAGACGUCCGCCAAGCUCGCCGACACCGAGGAGACGCUGCAGGAGACGUCCGCCAAGCUCGCCGACACCGAGGAGACGCUGCAGGAGACGUCCGCCAAGCUCGCCGACACCGAGGAGACGCUGCAGGAGACGUCCGCCAAGCUCGCCGACACCGAGGAGACACUGCAGCAGACGUCCGCCAAGCUCGCCGACACCGAGGAGACACUGCAGGAGACGUCCGCCAAGCUCGCCGACACCGAGGAGACGCUGCAGGAGACGUCCGCCAAGCUCGCCGACACCGAGGAGACGCUGCAGGAGACGUCCGCCAAGCUCGCCGACACCGAGGAGACGCUGCAGCAGACGUCCGCCAAGCUCGCUGACACCGAGGAGACGCUGCAGGAGACGUCCGCCAAGCUCGCCGACACCGAGGAGACGCUGCAGGAGACGUCCGCCAAGCUCGCCGACACCGAGGAGACGCUGCAGGAGACGUCCGCCAAGCUCGCCGACACCGAGGAGACGCUGCAGCAGACGUCCGCCAAGCUCGCUGACACCGAGGAGACGCUGCAGGAGACGUCCGCCAAGCUCGCCGACACCGAGGAGACACUGCAGCAGACGUCCGCCAAGCUCGCCGACACCGAGGAGACGCUGCAGCAGACGUCCGCCAAGCUCGCCGACACCGAGGAGACACUGCAGCAGACGUCCGCCAAGCUCGCCGACACCGAGGAGACGCUGCAGCAGACGUCCGCCAAGCUCGCCGACACCGAGGAGACGCUGCAGGAGACGUCCGCCAAGCUCGCCGACACCGAGGAGACGCUGCAGCAGACGUCCGCCAAGCUCGCCGACACCGAGGAGACGCUGCAGGAGACGUCCGCCAAGCUCGCCGACACCGAGGAGACGCUGCAGGAGACGUCCGCCAAGCUCGCCGACACCGAGGAGACGCUGCAGGAGACGUCCGCCAAGCUCGCCGACACCGAGGAGACACUGCAGCAGACGUCCGCCAAGCUCGCCGACACCGAGGAGACGCUGCAGCAGACGUCCGCCAAGCUCGCUGACACCGAGGAGACGCUGCAGGAG